UUGUAAACUGAAUUUUGCGUGUUUCUUCAAGAGCUUCACCAUUUUUUCGCAUUUCUUUCAAGCGUGUACUUCAUUACAACACUGAAACUUUUUUUAGUGUGUGGCCGUAUUUCGAAAAUCAAAACAAACCCGCAAAUUGGCGCAAUCUGCGAGGCGUACGCGAUUUCGGUUUCGUCGGAAGUGCAACAACAAAAUCACGCUGCUGACGCUAUGGAUCUUCGUUCCGGCCGCUACACCGGUCAUUGGAUGACCAACCUCGGCGAGCCGGCCUUCCCGACCGAGCUGUGGGAGCUCAUCUUCGGCUUUCUGCCGGGGAAUGCAAUCUGCCGGCUUCGGCUGGUGUGCCGGCGCUGGCGGGACAUUGUCGGUUCCUGUCCGGGGCUGCUGGACCGGCUGCGGAUGACGCUGGAGCGGAUCGACGAGUCGGAGAAUUUUUUGAUGGAUGAGGACUUUGUGGUGCCGCCGCUGCCACCGGUAUCGCAAGUUCUGCUGGACAACUGGGACAUUGUGUCCGUUGGUUGGUGGCCGGAGGUGGGUUUGAAGCUGCGGGAGAUUUCGUUGUUCCGGUGCACGGUUUUCAUGGAGGCGUUGCUGGAGAUGGUGCAACGAUCGAAAAACUUGAAAAGUUUGCGGCUGCGGACGGUGUGGCUCAAGGCGAACGGUCCGUUUGCGACCAGCUUCCGGCAGGAAGGGAUGCGCCAGCUUACCAUGGACAGCAUCCAUUAUGAAGGAUUAACGGAUUUGACCGCGAUUCACACGUUUGUCACGAUCUUCCCUCGGUUGAGUGACUUCCGGCUGCGCGUUCCGACGUGCUUUAUGGCGUUGGUUUGGCUGAUCCGGCGCCUUCAGGACACGCUGGAGAGUUUUGAGGCGAUUCCGGAACGUGUCGAGGACAGUCUGUUGCCCGAAAUCGUACGUUUGCAAGAUGUGCUUCGGCUGAAGCGAUUGUCGUUCGAUGCUCGGGACCCGUUUGGCAAGGAAGAUUGGGAGGGGUUGUACCGGGCGCAGCCACUGCUCGAAGAACUGGUCGUCGAUGUGGACAGAAGUUCGAUUUUGUCCGAUAUUGCCAAAACUACGCCAACGAUCAAAGCCCUGUCACUCUACCUGGUCGGGUCGAUCUCGAUGAGCUUCCUGAGCGAAUUCCCCAAGUUGCGGCAUCUCGAAAUCAACGGAUACACCUCCGACCGGUACGACUUACUCCCGCUAGGAGAACAGCAGACGGAACCGAUUCGCUGCCCCGCUCUUCGCACGUUCCGCCUGUUCCAGAUGACCUUGGUGGGCUUUUUCAGCUUCUUUGCCCUCUGUCCCCAAAUCGAGUCCAUCUUGCUCGACGACGUUAAGCUGGUACACGCGCCUUCCACGAUGACCUUCACCAACCUGCGUCACCUGGACGUUUCCGCGUGCUUCUCGGUGAAGCCGACUCUGCUGCACAUCUUCGCGCACAGUCCACUGCUGGAGCACGUGCGCCUAACCCACAUGGCGGAAAUCGACGACGAGCUCAUGCGGGUGCUCUGCCAACGGGCAACCCGACUCCGCAAGCUCGAGCUUGACCAGUGUGUCACGCUUUCCGACACUUCCGGUGAGUACAUCAUCGAACACUGUGCCGCGCUGGAGGAGCUGCGCCUCUACCUGAACCGUCUGUCGCCGGUGAUGAUGCAGCGGCUGCAGCGAACCCGGAACAUCCGGGUAUGGUUCAGCUAUAACGUGCAGCCGCUUGAAAUCAUGGAAUUUUGAGGCGUUUUUUGUCGUUUGAUGAUUUUUACAAUUUGUUGACCGUUUUUAUCGAUCUCUGCAAUCGUCACAUUCGUAAGUUGAAUUUCAUUUUAAUGUUUCCGGAAUAAAGUAAGUUCCACAUUUGUUUUCAUAAAUGUGUUGUUAUCUGUUUGUCUGUGCAUGUGAAGGCCUUCUUCACAAAGCACUCUCCGACAGGGCCUUUUCAAAGCAAACCGCUGCAAGCACUUUCUUUACAGCGGCAUUCCCCCUCAACUCCAGCGGGUUCAAUGUUGCCAGUUUUGGCCAAUUCCCAGAUCAGUCAGUCUUUGCCCAACUGUCGUCGUGUUUGGUUGUGUUUUAUUUCGCGAUUCUUGUCCACCCGCAUCGACGUUCGCGUUCCGAAGCCGCCCUUCAAGUAAGAAGAAGAAGAGUUUAUUGUUGGCAGAAAUCAGUUUCCUACAAGAAGCUAAGGUUUAAAUUUUCCAAUAAGCGGAAUAACACGAGCAACACCCUUCCCUUGUGUGAUUCAG